UCCGUUCGGCUCCGGUUCGGCUCGGCUCGGCUCCGCUCGGCUCCGGUUCGACUCGGCUCGGCUCCGCUCGGCUCUGCUCGGCCAUGGCGAAGCGGGGACCGGUCCCCGCCGGGCCCCUCGGGGACGAUUUCUCCUUCGUGAGCCCGGUGGCCAAGUACGUGCUCUUCUUCUUCAACCUGCUCUUCUGGAUGAUCUCCAUGGUGAUGGUGGCCGUGGGGGUGUACGCGCGGCUGCUGAAGCACGCAGAGGCGGCCAUGGCGUGCCUGGCAGUGGACCCUGCCAUCCUCCUGGUCGUGGUGGGCGUCCUCACCUUCCUCAUCACCUUCUGCGGCUGCGUCGGCUCCCUGCGGGAGAACAUCUGCCUGCUGCAGACGUUCUCCGUCUGCCUGACCAUCGUCUUCCUCCUGCAGCUGGCGGCCGGCGCGCUGGGCUUUGUGUUCUCUGAUAAGGCCCGCGGGAAGGUCAGCGAGAUCAUCAACGGGGCCAUCGUGCAUUACCGGGAUGACCUGGACCUGCAGAACCUCAUCGAUUUCGGGCAGAAGGAGUUCAGCUGCUGCGGGGGCGUCUCCUACAAGGACUGGUCCCAGAACAUGUACUUCAACUGCACGGCCACCAACCCCAGCCGCGAGCGCUGCUCCGUGCCCUUCUCCUGCUGCCUGCACGACGCCGACCAGGCUGUCAUCAACACCAUGUGUGGCCACGGGAUGCAGGCCAGGGGCUACCUGGAGGCCAGCGCCUUCAUCCACACCAACGGCUGCAUCGACAAGCUGGUCAACUGGACCCACAGCAACCUCUUCCUGCUGGGGGGCAUCACCCUGGGGCUGGCCCUGCCCCAGCUGGUGGGCAUCGUCCUGGCGCGGCUCCUCAUCAACCAGAUCCGCGACCAGAUCAAGCUGCAGCUCUACAACCAGCAGCACCGGGCAGACCCCUGGUCCUGAGCCCGCACCCUCCCCGCGGCACGGCGGCGCUCCCGGGCCAUUCCCGAGCCCCGGAUCGGCGGGGACAGCCGCUGGAGGAGAGGGAAUGCGGCUCCG